CUGGGACAUAAAAGCUAAAACACACAAGUGAACAACAUCUUGUAAUAAAAAAAGUUAAAUCCACAAGAACAUCCAUUACAAGAAAUCGUGUAAACACAAUCUUGUCUUAGAGUCACUGCGAAUUGUCUAAAGCCCCUAACGAAUCCCAAUUCCGAGUUUUUAGGAGUAAAAUGGCGGAUACGCCUUCGAGUCCAGCCGGAGACGGCGGAGAAAGCGGCAGCGGAUCGGUUAGGGAGCAGGACCGGUACCUUCCGAUAGCUAAUAUAAGCAGGAUCAUGAAGAAGGCGUUGCCUCCCAACGGCAAGAUCGGGAAAGAUGCUAAAGACACUGUUCAGGAAUGUGUCUCUGAGUUCAUCAGCUUCAUCACCAGCGAGGCAAGUGAUAAGUGCCAGAAGGAGAAGAGGAAAACUGUGAAUGGUGAGGAUUUGUUGUGGGCAAUGGCAACGUUGGGGUUUGAGGAUUACCUGGAACCCUUGAAGGUAUACCUUGCGAGGUACAGGGAGUUGGAGGGGGAUAAUAAGGGGUCAGGGAAGAGCGGUGAUGGAUCUAAUAGAGAUGCAGCUGCUGGAGGUGUUUCCAAUGAAGAUAUGCCGAGCUGGUGAAAGAAGUCGCAAGUAAGCUCUCUAGAGAUAAAGAACAACGCCAAAAUGAUCAGGGAAACUUAGAGAUCAGUGUGGUGUUUGACAAUAAAGUUAGAGAUCCGGUUUUAGUUGGUUGUAGUUGAAGAUUUCUCUUAUUAGAUAUGACAACUCUUUGAAAGAAGGAAAAAAAGUUUGUCCACAAGCUCUCUCAUCUCUUAGCUUCGUUUAUGGAUUUCAAAACUUGAAUAUGAAUGGACUCACUUGUGCUUC